UCUGACAAUCUACGGUUCACUUCGCGGAUUUGUUGUGAAAUAUUUUUUGUUUUUUGUUCAAAAUGGGGCCGCCAAAAAAGUCUAAAAAGGAUCGCAGCGGUUCAGACAAGUUCGCAAAAAAGCGGCGUGCUGAGGAUGAGGCUUUCACUCAACUGGUGGACGACAAUGAUAGUUUGGAUACUACCGAAUCGGACGGAGUACCAGGUGCAGCAUCUAAGAACGCAGAAACAAACGAUGAACAUAUCAACACAGAUGAAUACGGGGCCAAAGAUUACCGGGCGCAAAUGCAACUUCGCCAAGAUCACGGCAAUCGUCCACUUUGGGUGGCUCCCAACGGACACGUCUUCCUGGAAUCCUUCUCGCCCGUCUAUAAGCACGCCCACGAUUUCCUCAUCGCCAUUUCGGAACCCGUCUGCAGACCCGAACACAUUCAUGAAUACAAACUAACAGCCUAUAGCUUAUAUGCCGCCGUUUCGGUGGGCUUGCAAACGCAUGACAUAGUGGAGUACCUCAAGAGAUUAAGCAAAACCAGCAUUCCCGAGGGCAUCCUGGAAUUUAUCCGUCUCUGCACCCUUUCAUAUGGCAAAGUCAAGCUGGUCUUGAAGCACAACAAGUACUUUAUAGAGUCACCACAUCCCGAAGUGCUGCAAAAGCUGCUGAAAGAUCCGGUGAUUCAGAAAUGCCGCCUAAUACGCAGCGAAGGCGAGGAUUUCAUACAGGGCACAUUGGACGGCAAGGCCAUUACCCAAUUUGGUACCAAAUUACCUCCCGGAGCUGUAGAAAAGCCUGCUGAGGAUCCUACUGCAGCUGGUGCAGCACCCGCAGCCGCAGAUGGAACAACUGCGGUGCCGGAGGAUAUUACAGACUUCUACGAGAAGAUCGACAAGGAAGAGGAGGACGAAGACGAAGCGAAUUUGAAGACUGUAUCUUUCGAGGUGGCCCAGGAAAAAAUUGAGGUGAUCCAGAAGCGCUGCAUCGAAAUUGAGCAUCCUUUGCUGGCUGAGUACGAUUUUCGCAAUGAUACAAACAAUCCGGACAUUAAUAUAGACUUAAAACCUGCCGCCGUACUGCGUCCAUAUCAGGAGAAGAGUUUACGCAAGAUGUUCGGCAAUGGAAGAGCAAGAUCUGGUGUUAUUGUACUUCCCUGUGGAGCUGGAAAAUCCCUUGUGGGAGUUACUGCUUGCUGCACUGUGCGGAAAAGAGCGCUCGUGCUUUGCAACAGUGGUGUUUCUGUGGAGCAGUGGAAGCAGCAGUUUAAGAUGUGGUCCACAGCUGACGACAGCAUGAUAUGUAGGUUCACUUCCGAGGCAAAGGACAAGCCAAUGGGUUGCGGCAUACUGGUCACCACUUACUCCAUGAUAACACACACACAAAAGCGAUCUUGGGAAGCAGAGCAGACUAUGCGUUGGCUGCAGGAGCAGGAAUGGGGUAUAAUGGUGCUGGACGAAGUGCACACAAUCCCUGCCAAAAUGUUUCGUCGCGUUUUGACGAUCGUUCAAUCCCACUGCAAGCUGGGAUUGACAGCUACUCUGCUUCGUGAAGAUGACAAGAUUGCGGAUCUCAACUUCCUCAUUGGACCCAAGUUGUACGAGGCCAAUUGGUUGGAGCUGCAGAAGAAGGGCUACAUUGCCCGCGUCCAGUGCGCUGAGGUGUGGUGUCCCAUGUCGCCGGAGUUCUACCGCGAGUACCUGACCACAAAGACCUCCAAAAAGAUGUUGCUCUACGUGAUGAAUCCCUCCAAAUUCCGGAGCUGCCAGUUUCUCAUCAAAUAUCACGAGCAGCGGGGCGACAAAACCAUUGUCUUCUCCGAUAAUGUGUUUGCCCUUAAGCACUACGCCAUCAAAAUGAACAAGCCUUUUAUCUAUGGCCCAACCUCACAGAAUGAGCGAAUUCAGAUUCUCCAGAACUUUAAAUUUAACUCAAAGGUCAAUACAAUCUUUGUGUCCAAAGUGGCAGAUACCAGUUUCGAUUUGCCCGAAGCCAAUGUGCUUAUUCAGAUCUCCUCGCAUGGAGGUUCUCGUCGUCAGGAGGCCCAGCGUCUGGGUCGUAUUCUGCGUGCCAAAAAGGGCGCCAUCGCCGAGGAGUACAACGCCUUCUUCUACACUCUCGUAUCACAGGAUACAAUGGAGAUGAGCUACUCCCGCAAGCGCCAACGGUUUCUCGUUAACCAAGGUUACAGCUACAAGGUUAUCACACAUCUCAAGGGCAUGGACACGGACGCAGAUCUGAUGUACGGCACCCAGGAAGAGCAGGGCCAAUUGCUCCAGUUGGUUCUGUCGGCCUCUGAUUUAGACUGCGAGGAUGAGAAGCUGCCGGGUGAACCCGGCUUCCGCCCAAGCGGUUCCGGUGGCACCGUCAGGAGGGCUGGAGGUCUCAGCUCCAUGUCUGGCGGAGAUGACGCCAUCUACUACGAGCAUCGACGCAAAAAUGUUGGCAGCGUUCAUCCGCUGUUCAAGAAGUUCAGGGGUUAGAUUUAAGCAUGUCCUGCACUACUGUGAAGCAUGAAUAAAAUUCUAAAAAAAUAAA